AUGAUCCUCUCGUGUGCACCCUUAACUAUGAUGCAAUUACAAGAUAUUGCCAGAACUACUUUGACAAAUGCAAUCCAAUCACAAAUGAUGAAUCAAAUAAACUAUGUUCCAAUGAACUUGUUUGAAUUAACAAUUUCACAUGCCAUUAUUUUAGUUAAGGAAUGCAAGAGGAUUUCAAUGACAAUUGAGGCAUGCAACAUUUUCAAGAGUGCCAAUGUUCAAAAUACACAAGCAAACCCAAGAGUUGUUCAAUUGGUCAAAGCCAUUGAAAUGAUUCUUGAAGCACCUUCUACAAAGUCAAUAUUUGAGAUGAUUGACUCUAUUUUCAAACAAAAUGCUAUCAUUAACGAAGAAAAUCUGAAUGUAAUUUCAGAAAAUGAGAAAUUAAGAAGAAAAGUACACAAGAAGACAGAGAAACUUGAGAAAGCAGAGCAUACAAUCAAUAAUCUCUCCCAGAUCUUGAGUGACAUCCAAUCUCAAGAACAUGAAGAACUUAGAAAUAGAUUAUUGUUCCAAACAAGAGAAAUCCAAGAACAGAGAGACCUUAUCAAUAGACUUGAAAGCGAAAAAGCUAAUAAUCCUAACAAUAAAUCGUCAAAGAAUUCUACUAACCAAAACGUCAAAGCAUUAAAGAAAAUGAAGAAGAGCAGUAAGGAUUUUGAUAAAAUCUAUGACUUGAUAUCCAAAUGCGUGACAGAAAAAGACAAAGAAGCAAUUAAAUAUGCAAUUGAGCACGAAUAUCAUCAAGUUUCAAAAGAUGGUAGUGAUAUAAUGAUACAAGCUGCAGGAAGUAACAAUUUCCUACUUUGCAAGAUGCUUCAUGAAUGUGGAGCAGAUGCAAAUUCGAAGGACUCAGGAAACUGGACAGUUCUUCAUAAAUUUGCAGAGAAAGGUAACAUUGAUGCAAUUAGAUACUUCUCUGUCUUUGUUGAUGUCAAUGCAACAAAUCGAUUAAAUUGGACACCAUUACAUUAUGCAGCUUUCUAUGAUUUCCCACAAAUUGUUGAAUAUCUUUGUUCAUUCCCUCAGAUUCAUGUGAAUGAAACAGAUAACAGUGGUGCAACACCAUUAAGAUUUGCUAAAUCAGAUCAGGUGAAGAAGAUUCUUAGAUCCCAUGGGGCCACCGCCUAA